UUGUCUUGUACACCACCCUCACUGUCAUCCUCAGUAUCAACAUCAUAAAAACAUAAAUGUAUGAGGAAAGCGUUUAAGAUGUAAACCAGUUAACACACAAAAUCAUAAACAUAAUCUGACUACAGUUAUGUGUCCUGCCAAGUGCAGUUCAUUGACAUGUUGUUCGAGGUACAUUCUAAGAAAAAGAGAAGAAGAAACAAUUGAUAAAGAUUGAUGAAAUCCUCUUGUAAAUAUUAACUUAUUUGCCAAAGGUAACAGAGACUAUGCUGCUUUUUAAAAUAUACUUACCUUUUUCAGCGUGGGCAAAAUAUAAAUCCUUCAUUUACUGCUAUGCUACGCUGACUGUGUUAUCCUUCUUCAUCUGUUCACACAGUGUGAAGAGCCCAAUCAAUAGCUGAAGACAUUUUGACAAAGAACCUUUUAAAUGUUAACUAGCUCAGCUUUAAACGUUGCAUAGAUGUCAGCAGUGUGACUGUUUAAUUUGUUGUAUAAGGCCAAACGGUUCAAGGCUAAAUGGCUUUAAAUUCUUGAUGUUUAAGUGGCUGUACAGAAAAGCAUACAUAGGUCAUGUGUAUAGAAACAAAUCCCCCCUCCCCAAAAUAUUUUGCAUUAAUCAGUCUUUUCCAGCUCUUGUUCUGCUCUGAUUUUCAGUAUCUCUAGCAAAAACAACAGCUUUCUAUGCUAUACCUUUAGAAACAUUUGAAACAUGGCAUGUGUGUCAAAGUUAUCUUAUAUGUUAACAGGCGCUCGGGAUAUGCAGGAUCACUUGGUCACAUUUAGGACAUGAGGAAGUCGCCUGAUUUUACUGGUCUGUCAGAUUCAAAGAAGCAUAUCAGACAACGCAAGAAGCAUCUGGCACUGCGUUUCUGCUGACAAUGAAAAUGAUGUUAUUUUAUCUCUUUACUGAAGCUCAACAGCAAUAAAGAUAAUAGAUAAACAACAAAGAAUAAAGAUAAUAAAGAUUUUUCGUUGAACAGUGACAAUAAAAGGCUUUUCUAUUCUUUAAGCUGUUUUAUGCAGAUUACUUGGAAGCAGAUUAUGAGUGAUGGGUUCAGAAGAGAAUGGAACAGACCAAACUAGAAACAUCCUUUAUUGUUAAACACUGAGGAUAUCCACUUUACCAAGGAAAGUAGUGUUUUUUGUUUUUGUUUUUAAAAAAGAGUCUCUAUUAAUGCACAUGCAUUACAUUAUAAAACACAUGUUCAACACAUUCUUCAGUUGCAAUUUUCGCCUGUUUUCUGAUAUCAAAAUUUAGCCUUUCAAGUUAUUUUUAGCAAAUUAAUCAACAUAAGCUAACACACAUGCAUGUUCACAUAGACACACAUCACAUCAGACAUGUGCAGGUGUGCAGUCAGGGACAUGUGAGGAGGUGGCUCCUCUCUUAUAAGGAUGGGAAAGGAACAGUCACUCCCACAGACACAUUGUUACAGAAGACUUCAGGGGGGUUCGCUCUCAUUACACAGAGGUGACACCAGUAACUAUCUGCACUACUCAAGAGGAGCCUAAAAAAUCCCAACUGUAGAGAAGGACAUGGAGGAGAAGGGCUCGCAAUCUCUGGAGUAUUUUGUGAAGAGGGAGGUUCUGGAUGAGUUAUGCCUGGAUGAAGUGGCUCAAAAAGGGACUUGGUCCACUAAACCAACACUGGGCGAUCGGGUGAAAGAUUCCCUAAGAUGUUCGGUGCCCAGGCUGAAACACAUACUUCUAACCUGGAUCCCUGUUCUCAGCUGGUUGCCUCGUUACUCCAUCAGAGAAAAUGCCUUAGGAGACCUGAUUUCUGGCUGCAGUGUCGGCAUCAUGCAUCUGCCGCAGGGCAUGGCAUAUGCUCUUCUGGCUUCCUUGAGACCAGUGUAUGGCCUUUACACCUCCCUCUUCCCUGUGCUGGUCUACUUCAUCUUUGGUACAUCCAGACACAUUUCUAUAGGCACAUUUGCUGUGAUCAGCAUCAUGGUCGGGAGUGUGACAGAAAGGCUGGCUCCUGACAGUAACUUUAUUGUGAAUGGCACUAAUGGGACGGAAACUGUGGACAUCGAUACACGCGAUGCUUACAGAGUACAGGUCGCAUGUGCCCUCACAGUCUUGGCGGGACUCUUUCAGAUCCUGUUGGGUGUGGUGAGGUUUGGCUUCGUGGUCACCUACCUCUCUGAGCCCCUCAUCCGCGGCUACACCACAGGAUCGGCGUGCCAUGUGUGCGUCUCCCAGCUCAAGUACCUGUUUGGAGUCUCACCGUCUCGCUUCACUGGCCCUCUCUCCCUCGUUUACACUGUGUUGGAGAUUUGCAGCCUGCUGCCGCAGACUCAGGUGCCAGAGCUGGUGGUCAGCCUGGUGGCACUCGCUGUUCUCAUUGUGGUCAAAGAAAUCAAUGACUGCUACCGACAGAAGCUGCCGCUGCCUAUUCCAAUAGAGCUCAUAGUUGUCAUAGCAGCAACAGUCAUUACACACUUCUGUGACCUUCCUAGUAAAUACAACAUUGAUGUGGUUGGAGAAAUUCCCAGUGGGCUCAAGGCCCCUAGUGCUCCAGAUACCACUUUUUUCUCAAGCGUUAUAGGAGAUGCUUUUGCUGUGGCCAUUGUGGGCUUUGCCAUCAACAUUUCUCUGGGCAAAACAUUUGGCCUCAAAUAUGGCUACAAGGUGGACAGCAACCAGGAGCUCGUCGCUGUGGGUCUCAGUAACACCAUUGGUGGAUUUUUUCACUGUUACUGUGUGACUUCCUCAUUGUCACGGAGCCUCGUCCAGGAGAGCACAGGGGGCAAGACACAAGUUGCGGGGGUGAUUUCCUCCAUCAUUGUGCUGAUCACAGUUUUGAAAAUAGGUCCUCUCUUUGAAGAUCUCCCCAAGGCCGUCUUAUCCACAAUCGUGUUUGUGAAUUUGAAAGGAAUGUUUAAGCAGUUCAUGGACGUCCCUUUGCUGUGGAAGACCAACAAGGUUGACUUGCUGGUGUGGCUCGUAACAUUCAUAAGCACCGUCGUGCUCAACUUGGACAUGGGCCUGGCUGUCGCUAUUGCAUUUUCCAUGCUUACUUUCAUCUUCAGAACACAACUACCACGCUACUCAAUCUUGGGCAACUUACCAGGCACUGAACUUUAUCUGGACACAGACACCUACAAGGAGGUGAAAGAGAUUCCAGGAAUUAAAAUCUUCCGUUCAUCUGCAACUAUCUACUACACAAAUGCCGAGAUGUUCUUGGACACCCUGCAGGAGAAGAGUGGAAUCGAGAUUGGGAAGCUGCUAUCAGCAAAGAAGAAACGAGAUGCAAAGCAGAAGCGUAAACAAGAGAAAGAGAAAAAGAAAACCAAGAAGGAGGCAAAAAAACAAGAGUCCCAGAUGAACAUAGAAAACAUCUCUGAAAGAACAAAAGGAGAGAGAAACGGGACUAGUGUGGCCUUCAGCAUGACAGAAACAGCUACAGAUGGCCUUCAUAAAGGCCAAGUGAACUUGGCUUACCAACCAGACAUAACCAUGUCAGAUUCAGACUCAGAUGCAGGUUAUGACCACAUCACAGAGUUUUCUGGGCACGGCGAUGAAGCGAAAGAACAGGCCUGCGAUUCGGGCACACACAGCAUCAUCUUGGACAUUUCCACAACCAGCUUUGUGGACACAGUCACUGUGAAGACACUGAAAAAUAUUUUCAGGGACUUUGGACAAGUUGAUUUGGACAUCUGCUUAGCAGGCUGCCAAGCUUGUGUCGUGGAACAGCUGGAAGCGGCGGAUUUCUUUUCAGCAUCCAUCCCAAAGACCCGGCUGUUUAUCACCGUCCACGAUGCGGUGCUUUAUAUUCUCAAGAAACGGGGGAAGGCGGAUUUUGUGCUUGAUGUGUCCCGCAACACCCAGAUGUGACCAGCAGGGGUCAGAUUCACUCAAAUUUAGCCAUCUUCCUCCUCCUCUUUUCAGGGUGCUUUCUGUUUCAUCACUCACCAUCGUCUCCUCCCCUUUCAGUAAAGGGAGAAUGCACCACCUUGACAUGGCGCCCAGUUGCCAUGGAAACAUAGGGAGCGGUUGCUGUGGCAACAGGCUUUUUAUCAUAUCCUCUAAUGAGAUAGACAGCAAGACGUCACUGCAGCUCUCUCACACUGUGGUGCAUGCAAGGGACAGGGAAGGGGCGGGGGUUUAGUGGGAGAGUGUAACAGCGGGCUAAUAGGAGUCUGUAUUUAUAGCCAGUGUGAGAGAGCAGAGUGUGAGAAAGAAAGGUUGACCCCAGAGGGACACUCAUAUGUGAGGCGUGCGUCUACCAGUUUAUAUUUUUAAAAGACAACAAAAGCCAAAAGUCUCCCACGCAUAAUCAAUAAAAUCUAAACAGUGUUACUGUUUGGCUGUGCCCCCCCCCCCACCUCCUAAGCCUUAAUUCUUACAGUACCCCUUCCCAAAGCCCGCAGUAAUGAGCUGAAUGGCAUGCAGUGUAAUCGCUGAUACAUUUUAGAGUAACAAAAUGUGUGUCUAUUUAUAGUCAUUAUUUACAUGUGUGGUUCCUCUGACAUCUUGAGCUCCCUUCUAUUUUUGGGCUUGGGUGUCAUCUGCUAUUGCUCCUAUCAGAAGCUAAACAGUGCGCCUGUUUAGAAGCUAAACGAGAAUAUGAUUUGCUGUCUGUGUACUGAUAACUGCCUGCUUUUUUUCCCUCAUCUUUUACCUUUUAACUUUCAAAAAUCCAUCAAGGGACUUUAUUUGGUAGUGCACAAAUGUUAAGACAGCGUACAAUGUGUAUUUAUGUGUAAACUUUAAAACAGAUAUGUUUAAGAUGACUCUUAAUGAGGUGCUAACAAAAUAAAUGAUGAGCCUGCAGGAACACUGAUAAAAGGUCUAUGAGCUAUUUUUUUACUACUUGGAUGUUAACCAGGGGUAAGUGUUCAGGACUGCAGUAAACCUGUUUCUACUUAUAUUCACUGAUUUGAACUUUAAU